AUGGCGCAGCUUUCGUAUGAAACACCGUUUUGUCCGAGUGUUUGGUUAUUCAGUUCCGACACCCACAUCUUCACAUUAUACACACACAUAUUAUACACAAUUCACCUCUAGCUUCUGUAUACUUCUAAACGUCCUCGUAUUUAUAUUCCGAUAUAAUUCAUAUAAUUCUGUUAUUUUUUUCAAAAAAGUUGCAUAUUUGAUACUCAUUCUUAUCCAACAAUCAUAUGAGUAUCUUUAUAUCUUAAUAUCUUAUCGUGAUCACACCAUAUUUUUUAAUACCCUUUUUUGUAUAUUUACAUUAAAUACAAUUCAGCAGCUUUCUUUAUAUACAUAUAACACACAGAGAAAGAAACAGAGAGUGUUGUAUUGAAAUUGGGCAUCUGGGUAUUGUUUGAUUUGAAUUAAGAGAUGGAGGGUGUUGAUUAUUUAGCUCAGGAGAGGAAUAAAGCUGGGUUUGAUGUGGAUUCUAUGAAGAUCGUUUGGUAUGGCUCUCAGCGUGAUUUUGAUAUCAAUGAUCGCAUGGCUAAGCUUGUUGCUUCUGAUCCUGUUUUUAGCAAGGAAAACAGGACUAUGCUUCCUAGAAAGGACUUGUUUAAGAACACCCUUAAAAAGGCGGCUUAUGGAUGGAAGCGGAUAAGAGAACUCAAUCUAACUUUUGAAGAGGCAACUAAGUUCAGGACAUAUAUCGAUCAACCGGCGUUUACUGAUCUUCAUUGGGGAAUGUUCAUACCUGCUAUAAGAGGACAAGGCACUGAUGAACAACAUAAGAAAUGGUUGCCGCUUGCACAGAAGAUGCAAAUCAUUGGGUGUUAUGCACAAACUGAACUUGGUCAUGGAUCUAAUGUACAAGGUCUUGAGACCACUGCCACGUUCGAUCCCAAAACUGAUGAAUUUGUAAUCCAUAGUCCUACUCUGACCUCUAGCAAAUGGUGGCCUGGUGGUUUGGGGAAAGUAUCCACGCAUGGUGUCGUUUAUGCCCGUCUUUUGACUGAUGGCCAAGACCAUGGUGUACAUGGUUUCAUUGUCCAACUGCGGAGCUUAGAAGACCACACACCUCUUCCAGGUGUAACUAUUGGUGAUAUUGGAAUGAAAUUUGGAAAUGGAGCUUACAACUCAAUGGACAAUGGUGUGUUAAGUUUUGAUCACGUACGAAUACCGCGAGACCAGAUGUUAAUGCGAGUUUUGCAGGUUUCAAGGGAAGGGAAAUGUACACAGUCUGAUGUUCCUCGGCAGCUAAUUUAUGGAACUAUGGUUUAUGUCCGGCAGACAAUUGUAUCCGAUGCCUCUGUGGCUUUAUCUAGGGCGGUUACUAUUGCCACAAGGUAUAGUUGUGUGCGUAGACAAUUUGGAUCACAGAAUGGGGGGCCAGAGACUCAGGUGAUUGAUUAUAAAACACAGCAGAAUAGGCUCUUCCCUUUGCUGGCUUCUGCCUAUGCCUUUAGAUUUGCUGGUCAGUGGUUAAGUUGGUUGUACAAGGAUGUGACAGACAAAUUGCAAGCCAAUGACUUCUCAACACUCCCAGAAGCUCAUGCAUGCACCGCAGGGCUCAAGUCUUUGACCACAAGUGCCACAGCAGAUGCAAUCGAAGAAUGUCGAAAAUUAUGUGGAGGUCAUGGCUAUCUAUGUACCAGUGGCCUUCCUGAACUAUUUGCAGUUUAUGUACCUGCUUGUACAUAUGAAGGAGAUAAUGUUGUGCUACUUCUGCAGGUUGCAAGGUUCCUAGUGAAGACUGUGUCUCAGCUGAGUAGUGGAAAUAAGCCAGCAGGAACAGUAGCUUACAUGGGGCGAGCUGAACACCUGAUGAAAUGUCGGUCUAGUGUUGAAAGAGCUGAAGAUUGGCUAAAACCUAGUUCAAUACUGGAAGCAUUUGAGACGAGGGCAUUUAGAAUGGCCGUUGCCUGUUCUCAGAGCUUGAGUCAGUUUGCAAAUUCUGAAGAAGGCUUUGCGGAACUAUCAGCUGAUUUAGCAGAGGCAGCAAUUGCUCACUGCCAAUUGAUUGUCGUUUCCAAGUUUAUUGAUAAACUGAAAGAACCAAUUCCUGGAAAAGGAAUUAAACAAAUACUAGAGGUUCUUUGCCAGGUCUAUGCGCUAUCUACACUUCACAAACACCAGGGCGACUUUCUCGCAACUGCCAGCAUUACCCCAAAGCAGGCAGCACUUGCAUUCACUCAAUUGAGACAUCUGUAUUCCCAGGUCCGACCAAAUGCUGUUGCACUUGUCGAUUCAUUCAACCACACAGACCACUAUCUUGGUUCAAUUCUUGGACGUUACGAUGGGAAUGUAUAUCCAAAACUCUACGAUGCAGCAUGGAAGGAGCCGCUGAACGAUACAGUUGUGCCUGAUGGUUACAAGGAAUAUAUCAGGCCUUUGCUCAAGAAUCAGCUACAUCUGGCUAAGCUCUGAAAGGAGAACUACAAUGCUGAUUGCAUCAUUAUACAAGAACAUUAGUUCACCUAAUAAAAAAGGUGCCCCUAAUUGAUCCCUGACUAUUGUGUCAUGGAAGUCCAAUACUUUCUAGUUUAUACCAUUUUUUUCGGAUUUUCUGUUCAACUCGAGAGGCAGAAAGAAACGCAGAAUUGCUCUAAUCUGGAUGCAAAAUGUCCAGUUCUUCGUUAUUAGACCAACUAUUUGCCUUGUGAUUUAGCAUUCUGUCGGGUUUUCGAUAUCAUGCUAUUAAAGUUUACAUUUCUAUGCCGAA